AUGUUAACAUUGGUUUAUCUACAGUGACAGUCACACAAGAGUAAACGGGAAACAAAGUGGCAAUUUUACAUUCUAGCAGAUUUUUGCUAAUUCAAUAUAUCGUAUUGUAUGAGAUGAACUUAAGUCUCGGACAAAGUUACUGAUAUGUAAAGGAGAUAAUGAUUUUAAUUACAAGAGGUAAUUAACUGAUGAAAUCUUAAAUUAGAAUCUUAUCCGUAUGUAUAUCAUAGUGUAUAGUGCUUUUUGCAAGAUGUCAUAUCCACCUUAUCACCAUGUUGUUGGUGAAUAUUCACUGAAUUUGUGUUCAAUUAAAGAUUAUAGACGAUAUUUUGUGAUUAUGUUUUUAAUUCUGAAACGGACUUAGGUGGUAGCAUAUUUCAGCGGAAUCGUGAAUAUUCUUGUGAAUUGAUCGUUAAGGGACUGUGAAAAGGUCAAUACAUAAAUAUGAAAAGGCUAACUUAAUCACAUUUCGGUAAAUAAAAUUCGUUUGAUCACCAGCGUAUUUCGAAGCUAAUGAAGCGAAAUACCGCGCCUCAUAAAAUAUACGUUUAUUGUUUAAAUGCUUUUAUAUAUUAUCGAUGGAGUUGAAUUUCAUGAUUAAUGGAUCAUGUUUUUAAAAUGAAAGUUAUAAUUUAACUCAGGUCGUUAACGCUCUAUACACGUUUAUUUUGAAAUAUUGAAAUAUUUACGAGAGAAAUCUAAUGGCCUAGUGAAUACUUCUAUUAUGGAAGAACUGUCCUAUCAAUAUUAUUUGAAUAAUUACUGAUAAUUCAUUCUUGCUUUCAAUGGACUAACAGAUAUAUACCUAACCACCAACCAUCCGCUGACGUCACCGCUGGCCCGAUGGUUAAAUGCGUCUCGAUGACCAAGAAUAAUCGGAACUCGGACGCUUGCACACUCCUGGCGCUCUUGCGGAGGGACGAAGACAGCCUAAAUGACGCCGGGAGGCAGCUGGUGAAGCAGAACCGGAAGUACGCUUGUGACGUGUUCAUGCACGAAGUUGACGGCUGGACGCCUUUUCACGCUUUUGUCCUUCGAGGCGCUCGCAAAAUGGUAAAACUUUGUCUCAAGGCGGGCGUCGACGUAAAUUUGACUAUGGGAUCACCAGACGGCGUACCCGGCGGAUGUUCAGCGCUUCACCUGGCCGCCCACCGUGGUGACGUCAGUAUUAUCGAUGUGUUAAUCUCAAACGGGGUGGAUUUAAAUGUGAGGGAUAAAAGUGGUAAGACUCCGGUGAUGUAUGCUUCCUUGGCUAACAAUAGUCUCGCAGUACGGAAAUUGCAGCGCGCAGGCGCGGACAUGACUGGAUGUGAACUGAACAGCAAACAUAGUCCAGAGGAUAUGACGUCAUCGCCGAUAAAGUGCAUUUUACCCUUCGUAUGCGCAGGGGGACGACGGUAGCAUAACGUGAUACCCCAACCUUGUGUUUCAAUCAUCAUCAUUUUCAUCCUUAUCAUCAUUAUCAGCAGCAGCAGCAGCAGUAGCAGCAUUAUUAUCGGUUCGAAGAAGACACAAACAUUGUUUUCAAUUUUCAUUUAUUAAGUUUGUUUUGUAACUUACACAGAGCCAUUUCUAAUUAAUAAAUGCAUUUUAUAUUUUACGUACGUCUGUCAAUACAUGCAUGACAAAUUCUUAAAAGAGUAAAAAGUUAUGAUCCUAAUAUUGCUUCAUUGAAAUUGAUAUGUGUUGAAAUGAAUAUUUAAUGCUGAUUUGAAAAAGAUAUAUACAUUUCUCCUUUUCUCAGAAUGUUAUUUGUAAUGGGUACAGAUAUUUAAAAAAUCAGAAAAUGUGGAAAAUGUAUUUAUUAAAUUUGACAUCUGGAAAAUGCGUGUGUGGAAAUAUGCUUGAACGUAUUUUUGUUUUUAUUUUUAUGUAUAAAUUCAUUAAUCAUACAUAUUAAAAAAAAUUCACACUCAAAUGCAGGUUGUUCAUACCUUAAGCCAAGUCACUUUUUAAAAAAGAAAAACGCGGUGGUACGGGAAUGUAACAAAGAUUUUUUAUAUCUCUAAUAAAUGCCGGUCAAUAUGUGCGGAUAUAUACGUUACGUGUUUUAAUGGUAUUUUUUUAAAAUAGUAUUGAAUCUUGUCAGGUGACUUUUACAGAUACAUUUUAUCCAUGUCAGUACUCUAUUCCACAGGAGGGAAGCCCACAGUAUUAUUUUUUUGUUUGUUUAGCAUAUAUAUAUAUAU